AUGGCUCCAGCAAGAUUGAAAGAACUAAAGAUCCAACUCCAGGAGUUACUGAAUCUGGGGUUGAUUAGACCAAGUUACUCUCCUUGGGGUGUUCCAGGUAAGAUGGUCUUUUCCAAGAUCAACCUUCACUUAGGUUACCAUCAACUGAGAAUUCGAGUGGAAGAUAUCCUGAAAACUGUGUUCUGGCACAUAGUGGAUAAAGAUGGGAUCAUGGUUGAUUCGGCCAAGAUUGAAGAUGUUCGGGAUUGGCCAACACCAAAAUUGGCUACGGAAGUUAGAAGCUUUUUGGGUUUGGCUGGGUAUGAUCGUCGGUUCCUUGAGGGAUUUCCAAAGAUUGUUGUACCCCUAACGGAGCUAACCCAAAAGAACUUGAAGUUUGUUUGGACUGAUUGGUGUGAGAAAAGUUUUCAGGAGUUAAACCAGCACUUAAUUACCGCUCCAGUUUUAACUCUUCCUUUAGAUAAUGAAAAGUUUGUUGUUUAUUCUGACGCCACAAGAUAG